UAAUCGGCAAAUCGUAGUUAUGAGUUGCCCCUGCGAUCUCGAUCCUGAAUCCGAUGUAACCUGGAUAUAUAUCUGGGUGCCCCACAUCCUCACCCAUCCCCAGAAAAAAAUAAAACCCAAACAUCCAACCGCCCAAUCUUACUAGGUUCCUUAUCACCACCCAUCACCCACGUAAACUAAAUCAACCCAACCCCCAAAUCAAAAUGCCCCCCCGAUCCAAAAAGUCCACCAAGGACCCCAAGAAAGAUCCCAAGAAAAAGCAACCCCAGUCCGCUCCCCGCGGAGCUUCCACCACCAAUACCAGCAGCACCCACCACUCCGAAAGCAGGGAACUCAUCAACCUCUCCACCACCAUCCCACUCACCCUCCAACAACUCCUCCUCAACGUCUUCAAAGCCGCUUUACUCCCCAACGGGCAGAACUAUCUCCACCAAGGCACUACCCCCACCAUCACCACCACCACCAACAAUAAUCAAUCCGAUGCUGCCAACAAUGCGGAACCGCACCUCGACACCAAAAACCUCAUCCAAACCAUCAAAGCCCAUUUAUAUAACCGGGACUUUGACUCGGCGUUUACAGACGCCAGUGAGGAUUUGUUGAGGGCGUAUGCGCUCCGGUGGAGUGCGUCGAGGGCGUUGGGGUAUGUGGGUGUUUUUAGGGGUUUGAUGGGGGGGUUGUUGCGUACGCUUAAGGGGGUGGGUGAGCAUGGUGAUGCGGAGAGGGAGGAGGAGGAGGCAACGCAUGUGGUGUGUAUUGGGGGUGGUGCUGGAGCGGAGAUUGUGGCGUUGGCGGGGGCUUGGAGGGAUUUGCAUUCUGUUGAGCAGUCGGAUCAAGAUGUGGCUGUGUCUGUGUCUGGGGUUGUGUCUGGGGUGGGGAGGGUGACGUUGGAGGAUGGUGGUGAUGGUGGUGAUGAGGAGGAGGGGGCGUCUGCGACUACGACUACUCAGGAAGCGGAUGUCGCGAAACGCACCCAUCCCAGACUUGACAUCACAGCAGUUGAUAUCGCAGACUGGUCGAGUGUCGUCUCGCGCCUAUCGACCGCCAUUCAGUCCCCUGCGGUGAUGGGGACGAAGUCGCAUCCGGCGCCGUUAUAUGGCGGGGCGAUCAACAUCGAUUUCCAGAAAGUGGAUGUUCUGACGGCGGAGGAGAAGCAGCUUCGGGAGUUGCUACGACGGGAGGGGACAGGGAGAGGCACGGCAUUGGUGACGUUGAUGUUUACGUUGAAUGAACUGUUUUCGACGUCGAUGGCGAAGGCGACGGGGUUUUUGCUGAGGUUGACGGAUUUGUUGAGCUCGGGGACGGUGUUGUUGGUGGUGGAUAGUCCGGGGAGUUAUUCGACGUUGAAGUUGGGGAAGAGUGCCGAGGGGGAGGUGCGUGAGAGACAGUAUCCCAUGAAGUUCCUCUUGGAUCAUACGUUGUUGUCGGUGGCGGAGGGGAAGUGGGAGCGGGUGUUGUCGCAGGAUUCGAGGUGGUGGAGGAGGGAUGCGGCGAGGUUGAGGUAUGAGGUUGGGGAGGGCGCGGGGUUGGAGGAUAUGAGGUAUCAGGUGCAUGUUUAUCGGCGGUUGGAGUGAUGUCUUUUUCUUUCUUUUGUGUGAAUUAGGGUAUGUUUAUGAUGAUGACUGCUGCUUGAAUGAUACCACGGUUGGACGCACUGUCACAAGGACUUGAAUGGGAGAGGGUAUGCUAUUGCUACAG